GGAACGGAAGGCUCUGGUGUGUUUCUAGGCGAGCAUUUUCAAAUGAAACACACAACUUGUGACGUUUUUUGGGUAAACAGUAGACAAAGUCAGUCUUCUGUUGUUUUUUUGAAACUGAGAAUGUUGGUGAACGUUGACUCUGGGACGUUUUGGUAGCUUGUUUCGGUGGAUGUUUUCAUGGUUAGGACCAUGGAGCGCUCAGCCAGCAUUAAUGCGGACCAACCCGAGCAGCUUGGUACUAAUGGUUGUUGCGUUAAAUGGCGCAACUGGUGCGGCUUUUGGCUCCUUGGACUCUGCAACAACUUUGCUUAUGUGGUCAUGCUGAGUGCGGCUCAUGACAUCCUGGAAAAGCAAGAAUCAAAAAACUCAACAGUGACUGCCUCAGAUCAGCUGGCUGUGGGUCUCCGAGCUGGAAACCGUAGCAACAGCAGUCGGUACGACUGCAGUCCUGUCAGCACAGGGGCUGUGCUGCUGGCUGACAUUCUUCCAACACUCUUCAUCAAGAUUUCGGCUCCCUUUGUGAUCCACAAAGUACCCUAUGGUUUUCGGGUGCUGUUUUGUGUCGCCAUGGCAGCAGCAAGUUUCCUGCUUGUUUCCUUUUCCUCUGCUGUGUGGCUAAGUAUUAUUGGAGUGAUCUUUGCAAGUAUAAGCUCUGGGCUGGGGGAACUAUCAUUCCUGUCACUCAGUGUUUUCUUCAACAGGAAUGUUCUGGAAGGAUGGGGUUCUGGCACUGGUGCUGCUGGUGUUGCUGGUUCCCUCCUCUAUGCAGGCCUCAUCCAAGCACAUCUCUCCCCCCGGACCACACUGCUCAUCAUGCUAAUUGUUCCGAUUGCCAUGCUAGUUAGCUAUUUCGUUCUGCUGGUUCCUGAACCUUCUCUACCUCAGUGGAGCAGGUCAGAGACAGAGUGUCCACCUGUGGACUCAGAGGAACGACAGCGACUGAUGGACGAAUCAGAAGAUGACCUGGAGACAUCAGCUCCAGAGGACAGGACCAUGGGACCGGUCACCCUGCAGGAGAAGUUAGCUGUCAUCAAGGGCUUGUUAUUACCGUUUGUUAUUCCUCUGGGACUGGUCUACUUUGCUGAGUACUUCAUCAACCAAGGCUUGAUGGAGCUCCUGUUUUUUCACAACUCUUCCUUAUCACAUGCGGAACAGUAUCGCUGGUACCAGACCCUAUACCAGGUUGGUGUGUUUGUGUCCCGAUCCUCUCUGCGUUUGAAAAAGUUCAGGAAAACUUGGAUUUUCUCGCUACUGCAGGUGGUGAACGCAGUAUUCCUCAUCUUUGCUGUGCUCUUCCAACCUGAAAGGUCUGGAAGGUUGAUACACCAGCAGAUCUUUAAUGUGUCGUGGUGCUAAGUUUUUCACUGAUUUAUAAAUAAACAACAGUAAUUCUUGAUUCUUUUUUGUUGUAUUUAAAUAUAUACCAGAUAGUAUUGAAGUAUUAUUUUAAUGUUAGUUUUAAACAGGUUUAUUUGUACUAUUAGUUUUAAAGGUUAACUUCUUGCAGCCUAAUCAGGGACUGGGCUGUUAACAGGACAAUGGUUCCUUUUUAACAUUCCUCAUCAAAUAAACUUGAAAUAUAUCAGUUUCUCAGUAGAUAUUUAUAGAUAUCAGAAGAGCACUAAUAUGCCAAUAAAUAAAACUUUGGAAAUGGAAAAACCUCUCAUUUUUUUCAAUAAAUGAUAUCCUAACCUUUAGACUAAACAAUCUGAACAGCAAGCUGGAAGCUCUGUCAUUAGAUGAGUUUUACAGUGCCUUUAAAAAGGUUCAAUCAAGUUUUUGCUUCAAAAAUGAGCCUUUACUACCAUUUUUAGUUUCUACUAGGAGUUAUACAUUUUUUUCUUUUUUAGCACUUGUUGCUACAUUAACUGCGUUAAACUUUUGGGAACUUUUGGAUUGAUUGUAAGGGUGUCAGUGGUCCAACUGGAUCAAUGAACCCACCCGUUGAACAAUGUUCAGAGCUAUAAUGAGUCAAAUUUAAUCCGCUUUCAACUUUUAGUUAUGAACAUACAAUUAGCUUAUUACUCACAAGAAAAUAGUUACAUCAUGCACCGAUAAGCUUUUGAAGAUGUGCCUUGUGUUCUCAGAAAUGUCUCCAAAAACGAACCAGUGUGCUCAUUCCUACUGUUGUGAUCAUAAAGCCAUGGCUGACAUGCUCUAUUUUUAUCAUGAGUUUGUGUAUGAUUUUAUGCCCAUGUCUAUCUUCAUUUGUUGAAUAAAGAAUGAUGUUUUAA